AUGGAUGGUCUACUCGAGAAGAUCAAGGCCUUGCCUGACUUGCGCAAGCUGGAUGAUACGACCAUGCUUGAGAGGUUGACGACCGAAUGGCCACACUCACUCAAGGAGAAGAUGGUCAAUGGGGCAUUUGGCACUACGACCCGUGGUCUGGACGUCCUGCUCGUCUUCGUGAGAUACCUGGUCGUGAUACUCCCAUCUGGCCCCGACAUCGAUACGGGUUCGAAUCCCAUUUGGGAACUGGCCUGGAAAGAUCUCCAAAGCGCCGAAUACAAGGACAACGCGUCAGUCCUCAAGCAGGAGAUCAUUAACGCCGUCAGCAAGGACAACACCUCGUUCUUCUCACUUUGCGAGUCUCAAAUUAUGCGCGAGACUCUGUGGAGCCUCAAGGAACUCCUUCUCUGCGGGAACCCCGAAUACCUUGAAAACGGGUGCAAGGACUGGGAGAAGAUUGACCCACCCUACGCGGCUUUCCUCGCAGAGAUGAGCUUGGUGAGCUGGGACGGCAAGUCGGAGGGGUUGUACAUGGCCGUGAAACAGGUGUUUUGCGAGAGAUACCGCUCCGACGGUGACGCAUGUCGCCUCACUAUGCCGAAGCCCGCCCCCAUGAUCAUUCGCGUCCACCUCAAGCCGUCCGCUGGAUCCAAUCUGAAAGAAAAAGAUCUCCUUCGGUUCCAUGGCGGCGAAGGCGCCGAUUACAAACUGCUGGCUGCAGUCCGAUUAGGGACCGACGGCGCAAAGUCGGGAGAUACGAUCCAGCUGUACGCAUCCAAUGGCAUUGAUAUCUUGCCCACGCAAUUCAACGCCAGCCGCUCAAGGCGCCCCGAAAUGCUUGGGGAAGAAGGUCAUGAGUAUAUGCUGUUCUACUGUAGCUAUAGAACAGGGAUUCGCAUCAAGGACCGUUUCGCCUGCGAGAAGAACAUGUACGUGGACAUUGACGAAAAUAUGACGAAGGAGCGGUUUCACGCCAAACCUGAAAAACCUGCGAAGCCUUCCACUGAAGAGGACUCUUCGACCACGCGCCCCAGAACCCGCAUCAAGGCCAUACUGGAUGCUCUCCAAGGCAAUGCCGCCACGGGCGACACAGGCUCCGAGGCUGAAGAGGGCGGCCCUGGCGACGAGGCAGGUCCUACCGGCCCGAGUGGAUUUGGAGACCAUGAUAAAGGUUACGAUGGUCACUGA